ACCAAGUUAAACCCUUCUGAGUAACGGUCUCUGUGGCAAAUAGGAAAUAAAGCUCAUUAAGCAAUUGAAAUUACCAUAUUCUUACCAUAAAUGACAGAUGAACGAAAAUUUCCAAACGAGCUGUUGGCUUUGGUCUUUCAACAUUUGACUAAGCGAGACUUACUCAACUGCACCUACACUUGUUGGGCAUGGAAUUCCAUUGGUAAUGAGCGCUUGUAUUAUAAAGUUUACGGCAAUUCGAAUGAUAGGUUUCGCAAGCUUAUUCGCACAAUCACUGGAGCUCCAUCCCAGACUGGAGUCAGCACUGCAAAUGGUAUGCCUCGGCAAUUAGGAAAGCUGAUUAGAGUGAUAAAAUUACAGAGAGACUACUACUUUCACGCAAAUUCGCGAUGGUACGCAGAACUAUUAUCUAAAUUGGCGACAGUGACACCAAACGUUCAUACUGCGGACAUAUAUGGACCAAACAUAAGUCCAUCUGUCGAGACUACGACAGAAUUUGAUUGGGAAGCGUCUCUGUCUUCCAAAUGGCCACAUUUACGAAGAUUGCGAAUAGCGGCCGGAAAACCGACAGGAGAUAUAAAAUUCCCUGCUAACAACAUGGAGACCCUACUCAACCGUCUACAUUAUCUUGACAUUGUCUACUGGCCUGACUUUCCUGAGUAUUUACCUCCAUCUCCACUCAUGGUGUCAGAUAUAAGGAUGCUUAAGGUAGCGGUACAAGAUAAAUCAUCUUACCAUCGUCUAAAGGAGUUAUUGAACAGCUGCCAAGACACACUGAAUACCCUCACUUUGUCAUGGUCUGCGUCAAGUGGAUCGUUAAGCGUAGACGAUCUUAUCACAGGACUUCGGCAGUUGAAGAAAUUCGGGUUCAGCUACAGCAUUAGCGCAGAUCUCACUAUCAGUACCUUUGGAGACCAUGUCGAACAUCUUGAGCUGAUUGGAUCUCACCGGCUGGUGGAAAAUGAGGCUGAUAGAAGAGUAACCAACGCAACUCUAAAGACAACAGGACUCAAAACGCUGCGGGUCGCACGAUGUGAACAUUUUGUAGACUACUUGGCAGAUAUCCUGGCGGCUAAUGCAAGCACUCUUCAGAAUCUGUAUUUUACGGGUGAUUCGGGCGACCUAUUGAUUGAAGGCUUGAUGGACAACAGCGCACACUUGAACAAUGUUACAACAUUAUCCUUUGAAUGUGGCAUGCUCAACGACUUGAAAGCAAACGAUUUGGCGGAUAUUUUUCCAAAUGUCCAGUUUUUAGAAAUGACUGCUGGCCCAUUUAGCUCUGUCGAGCGUUGGAUUACUUCCAAGACUCUACGCAAGUUUCAUCAUUUGAAAGCGAUAGGAUCAAUAACCUUUAGAGAGCUUCUCGAGCCAAAUGGCUAUACUUUAGCAUUUUGCGAUAUGGAACGAACGCUGUUUUUGGCUGACGUUUCGGAAGGGUAAAUUCACAUUUUGUAGAACAGUAUGUGUAGAGUUGGCGUAUGCCCAUAUAUUAUUUUCCAUACAAUUUCGUCCGUUUUACUGCUCUAUAUCGUCGCAUGUAAAACCAUUCAGAUAUCUAUUGCACUAAUGGCUUCUACACUCCACUUCUCCCUUACUCUGCGACCAAGACCCCCUUCGGGCACAGUCUCUUCAUCGGAGUUCGUCUUUCUAUCCUCUACUGAAUUAUAUUUGUAUGAUAGGCUGAAAAUAAAUGAUAUGCUGCAAGCAAUAUAAGGCUGUUCCCGUAA